AGGCUCCGGUAUCCUCGUUUAUACAUUUUUUUUAUUUCUAACAUGUCACAGGCGCGUCUGAACUACUCAGGUAUUUGGUAUGUUUUAGAAUGCCUCGAGUAUCAAGCAAAAAUAAAACUACCUUGUAAAGAUGGUGUAAAAACGUUUUGGCCAUAUUGCAAUAAACAGUUGGGACCAAUUCUAGUGGGAGGAGGGGGGGUAGAUGCUGAGAAAGAUGAAUUCCCUCAUAUGACAUUGCUGAUGUAUGGUAAAAAGUUGAUAAGAUCGUUCUUUGGAUGUGGAGGCUCUCUAAUAAGUGAGAAGUACGUUCUGACAGCUGGACAUUGCAGUGCCACCUCUAGAGGGGUUCCUGUUUCGUUCGCUAUAUUUGGACUUCUCCACUUUGAGGAGAUGCACAGAUCGCCCAAAGAGAAUGUUCGAGGGAUACAGAAGAUUAUCAAGCAUCCAGAAUUUAAGCCUCCCUCCACCUACCAUGACAUAGCCCUGCUAGAACUAGAUAAAGAGGUUGUAUUCAGUCCGAGUAUAAGGCCUGCUUGCCUGCAAGUAGAGGAUGACUUCGAGCACAGAGCGUAUGCGUCGGGCUGGGGGCUGUUGGGAUAUCGACAACAGAACGCAGAUAUAUUACAAAAUAUACCUCUAUGGAGAGUCGCAGAUGAGGUCUGCAGUGCCAAGUAUAUGACACAUAGGACCUUUAUCAAUGGGCUGGACAAUGAUACACAAAUCUGCUACGGAGACGAUGGGAUAGUCAGAGAUACAUGCCCUGGUGACAGCGGUGGACCUCUGCAUAUCAUAAACGAGAAUGUAUUCUGUACCCAUCUGAUACUGGGAGUGACCUCCUUUGGUAAAUAUCGCUGUGGAGAGGUCGGGACUCCCGGAGUGUAUACCAAAGUACCGCAUUAUGUGCCGUGGAUUGAGAGCGUUGUGUGGCCUUAGACAUAGUUCUUUACUAUUCAAAUAAAUGUUAAUAUCUACAGAUAUUAUGCAGAA